AUGGAUUCCUCAUUCAUAGUAAAGCCUCGUCCAAAAAGAUCAGUAUUACCACCUCAGAAAAAGAAGAGAAAGUUCGACCACAAGAUUGAAGAAAUCAAUUUCGAUUUAAGUGCUCGCGAGGAUUAUUUGACUGGUUUUCACAAGCGGAAAGUUCAGAGGGUGAAGAGGGCACAGGAGGAAGCCGAAAAAAAGGCUAGGGAGGAGAGAAUUGUUAUGAGGAAACAGUUGCGAGAAGAGAGGAGAGCCGAGUUGAAUGAGCAUGUUAAAGCUGUAAAUGCGCUAUUACAGGAUGUGGACGAGAAGUUCGAUGGCGGAGAUGGAGAUGAGUGGGGGGGCAUAGAUGAUGAAGACGAGGAGGAAGAGAAAGAUGUGCAAGAAGAAGUGGUGGAUCACGAAGAGGAAUAUAUCGAUGAGGAUAAAUACACCACUGUCACAAUCGAAGGGAUAGAAAUAUCGAAAGAGGGGAUAAAAAGGACCGCGGACGAAGAUGACGCCGACGAUGAAAGGUGA